AUGGGCAAUUGUUUUGGUUUUGGUUCUGAAGGUGUAAGAGCAGGAUCGCGUGCUGCACGCUACCAGUCUCAUCACUAUGGUGGAGAAACUCCUGGUGGUGGAUGGUUUGCCUGUUGUCAGAGCAGAGGUGCCAGGGGUGAUGGUAAAGUCUCAAAAGCGACAGUGUGCUUUGGACUGUUUCUCGGUAUUUUGGGUAUCCUAUUCAUUGCAGGGGGAGUUAUAGUUGGCUACUACCCAAAGAAGCUUCAGGAGCCAAUAUUUUUCUAUGCUGAAGAUGCCACACAACAUGAAUUCUUGCCAACUUACCAACUCAUGAUUGCGAUUGGAGUCUUUCUAUUCCUAUCAGCCGUCUGCGCCUGUUGUUGUGGUGCCAAAAUUGCAGCCUGUUGCUUGCUGCUUGCUUUCGUCAUGGUCAUUGUUGUGGUUGGCCGCCUAAGCCACAGUAUCAGCAAAUUUGACAGCGAAAGAGUGGAGUCCGAUAUAAGGAAGAAUAUGAUGGCUAAAAUAAAUAGCAACGCGGACCCCAUUUUGGAUUACAUCCAGCAAAAAUUGGAAUGUUGUGGAGUAGAGGGCCCAUCAGAUUGGCAGCAUAAUAUCAAGUUUAACAACAAAGCUGUUCCCGACUCUUGCUGUAAAGUUGAAACUCCCAACUGUGGACAGAAUUUCAUGCCAGAUGACAUAUUUCGGAGUGGAUGUCUAACCAACAUGGUGCACAAGACUACAACAUAUUUUCAUUGGCAGAUAAGCUUUCUGGCAUUUUUCUGUCUCACUGCAAUUUUUGUAAUCUGCUUCUGUUGUUGUAUUAAUCCUUGUAGCUACUAG